UGUUGGAUGUGUUACGCAACUGAGAAGCUCACUCCACGUGAAAGGGGUUGUUGACCUUUUCCACAAAUCCUGCUUUUUCUGGUUUGAGUUAAGGAUUAGAGCGAUGGCGAACAGGAGCAACAUGUCGGAGCAGCUUGCAGAUUUUGCACAGAGCAAAAAAGUACCUGACGUCAUGACAACCAGUCAGGGCCAACCGAUCGACAGCAAGACGGCCACUAUGACCUUUGGACCCAAGGGCCCUGUGGCUAUGCAAGAUUUCAUCUAUACCGAUGAGAUUGCGCAUUUCGACAGAGAGAGGAUUCCGGAGAGAGUGGUUCAUGCCAAGGGGGCAGGCGCUUUUGGUUACUUUGAGGUGACCCACGAUAUCAGCCGCUACUGCAAGGCCAAGGUGUUUGGGGGCGUUGGGAAGAGGACACCUAUCGCUGUCCGAUUCUCCACUGUCGGUGGUGAGUCGGGGAGUGCCGACACAGUGCGUGACCCUCGAGGCUUUGCUGUCAAGUUCUACACUGAGGAGGGCAACUGGGACCUCGUGGGAAACAAUACUCCGAUCUUUUUUAUACGUGACCCGAUACUGUUCCCUAGUUUUAUCCAUACUCAGAAGAGGAACCCACAGACCCACGCCAAGGAUGUGGACAUGUUUUGGGAUUUCAUUUCGCUACGUCCCGAGACCACGCACCAAGUCUCAUUCCUGUUCAGCGAUCGUGGGAUCCCAGACGGGUACCGUCACAUGAACGGGUACGGGUCUCACACGUUCAAACUGGUCAACAAGGACGGCUCUGCAGUGUACUGCAAGUUCCAUUACAAGACUGACCAAGGCAUACAUAACUUUAGUGUGGACAGAGCUGCUGUGUUGGCUGGCUCUCAACCUGACUACGGUAUCACCGAUCUCUUUGAGGCUAUCGCCAAGGGAGACCAUCCCUCAUGGACUGUGUACAUCCAAGUGAUGACCUUCACGCAGGCGGAAAACUUCAGGUGGAACCCAUUUGACCUCACCAAGGUGUGGCCCCACUCUGAGUUCCCUCUGAUCCCCGUUGGAAGGAUGGUUCUCAACAGGAACCCAGCCAACUACUUUGCAGAAGUGGAGCAGAUAGCGUUUAGCCCCGCCCAUAUGGUGCCCGGCAUUGAGCCCUCCCCUGACAAGAUGUUGCAAGGUCGAUUGUACUCCUACUCGGACACUCACCGUCACCGACUGGGCGCCAACUAUCACCAGAUCCCCGUGAACUGUCCCUACGCCACUAGAACCAGGAAUUACCAGAGGGACGGCCCCAUGUGCGUCGACGGAAACCAGGGAGGAGCUCCCAACUACUACCCCAACAGUUUCUGUGGACCUCUUGACCACCCUUCUUACGCACUCUCCAAGACCACCUAUUCGACUGCUGACGUGAAGAGGUACAACACUGCAGAUGAUGACAACUUCUCCCAGGUGACCCUGUUCUGGCGCAAUGUGCUCAGUGAGGACGAGAAGAGACGACUGGUGCGGAACAUUGCAGGUCACCUCAAGGACGCCAGUGAGUUCAUUCAACAGAGGGCGGUGAGGAACUUCACCCAGGUGGACUCGGAGUAUGGAGGAGGGAUUGCCAAACUAUUACAGCAGUACAAGAGCAGGGUAUGCAGACUAACACAGGGGCGAAUCCAAGGAUACUCAAAAAUCCCAGCUGUGAAGUUCAGCUGUGAAGUUCAAUAUACUUUUGUACGGACUUUGUGCAUAAUUAUAGUUAGUACAUAAUUAUGUAUUGCUAUACAUAUUGACGUGCCAUCAACUAUUAUUUUAUUGUUAGAAUGGGACAGAAUGUAUAGAUCUACAAGAAUUGAAUUUCCGCCGGGGGAGGCAUAAUUAUAUGUACCUAUCGGCAUAAUUAUUAUAGUCUAAUGGUUUUGGAAUGAUAAUUAUAGAUUGGCUGUGUCACCAUGCAGACUUGCAUGUGAAACCUGUGUGUUUGUUGUCACAUGUCUGGAAUAAUGUGCCGACAUGCAUGAAUUGUGUUGCAAUAACAAUGAUGUAAGCUUUUACAUGCAUGUCAGCAGAUUCUGUAAAGUACAUAUUGUGCACGCAUACAUGGUUGCCUGUAUUCCUACUCUCAAUAUCUAAGAAGUUCAGAUGUCGGAAAGAGUUGACAUACAGUCUGUUCUCCAAAGGCUCGAUGACGCCUCAAGUAGAACUCAAUUUGAGCAGUUUAAGCUAGGAGUGGAGUGCUCGGGUGUUCCCAGAAAGAUUGUUAAAACAGCUGAAAGCUUCUCCGAUGUUUGCCGUCAGCUAAACAACCAUGUAGCAAAGGGAGAUGGAUGUACUUGGUCGUAUGCAUUACUGAAUGUCAUUGGUGUGGUACAUGAAGAACUGAGAGCCUUGGUUCCGUGUAUCAAUGAAGAAUCUUUGCAAAGGUGUGAGAGGAAUGAAAAAUUUCACUUUGCAGUGAUGAUUAUACGCGUGUGUAAUUUUUUGGGGGAAGAUGAUUACAAGAAAUUCUUUGGUCUCUGUCAAACUAACCUUCAGCAAACGCUGAACUUUGAAAAGUUUCCUAUCAUCGAAUUGUUUCUGAGGGAGUUGAUUAAACGAAAGAUUAUUUCGGUCAUGAAUGUGAAGGUUCUUGACGAUAAGCUGGAAAUAAUGGGGCAUAUCCAGGCCAAAGAGGUUGUCCAGAAGUACAGAGAGGUGAUUGGGAAACUGGGCCAAGAAACCCAGCAAGGAGCACCACAAGCAGAAGCAGAACAUCUAACCGAGUGUAUAAUAGCUGUACAAGAACAAGGAGAGUCAAAACAAGAAGCAGGUUCUCCUGAUCAGGACCUCUCCGACAUUGAAAAAGACGGACCAUCACGCAUUUCUAAGAAAUACAAUGAGAAAACCCCUCUUCUUGUGGAUAAUCAGGACUCCAGCCCAGUUUUUUGUGUACAAUAUCAAGUAAAGAAAACGUCGUGUGGACUUUGCUGUACCUCUUUAUUUGUCGUUCUUGCACUUGCACUUGCAUUUGCUUUGACUGGAGGAUUUGGUUGGAAUUCUGUGUCGAUUAAUAUCAGCCAGAACCAAGUAGAUGUGACGAAGUUUGCUGUACGAAAUGAGACUCUAUUUCUGGGAAAAGUCGAUGCGAGUUGGGUAUCAAAUGCAACGGUCUCAGAGUGUACUCAGUAUGGCGAUUCGUCUCAUAUAAGUUACGUAUAUGUCGUUGAUCAAGAAGAUCUCAAAAUGUACACCGUGUCAAAAGAAGACAGAUUACACACUCGCCACGAAUUACACCCGUCGAAAACUACUUACUUCCUCAGAGAUUACUUUUGGGACGGUUCUUCUUUCAAUCUGAGUUUCUACGCUAUGAAUCCGGCUGGAAGUACGGGCAUCGGAUAUGUACAUAUUUUCAAUGAUGAGGCGCAAUUUGAGAACUACAAAAAGGGAGAACCAGCACUUCCUAUUAUAUCGAAAAAACUAAACAUUGGAACUUUGAACAUCAGUGAGCCUACACUGUUUCAGUACAAGGUGGACCAACCCUCCUUCUAUUUUGUUGCUGUUGAAACUCCUGCAGAUGUCUACUACAGUUAUUUGUUUCGUUCGAAAAAAGUUUAUCUAGAUUAUACGGACUAUGAGAAAAGCUGUGAACAAGUGUAUGACGGUUCUCCUUGCUUUUUGAAGUUUACUAAAGCCGGAAGAUACUUUGUGUUGGCCUACGUUAAGCCUCUGGUAGAGGAAGGUUCAUUCACUACACAUUUACGUCUCAAAACUGGCAUCGUACAAAAUACCCAGCAACAAAUCAUCAGGUACAAGUGUUUGACCUUCGGAGGAUUGAUUGUUAUCGGGUUAUUCCUACUAACACUUUUCAUAUGUAUAACUUAUCAUAGCCGUAGGCACAAAGGAGAAAAAAAUGUAGUAAAUGCUGUGUAAUGCUUCAGUUCAUACUAAUUAUUGUUUUUAAGUAAACUGCUUAUAAUUAUUAUUAUCAGUA